GUCCCCUCCCCCCCUCCACCUCCACCACUCUCCCGGCCGUGUCAAUUUCAACCUCGAUCUGCCCGUGUGUUCUCCUCAUAUCAUUCUACAUUUGAUGUUUCCGAUCUCUCCUCGGACGCAAAGAAGGAGAACGCAGAAAAAAACCCCCGCCAAAGCCUGUUUCCUCCAGCACAUUUCAGCUCGGUCAGAAAAACCGCCCCCAUUUCGAGGUUGCACAGAGACGGCAUCCUCCCGCCGAUUGUGCCCCUCCGGACCGCAUUCAUCUACGUAUCCGAGAUCGGGCCUGCAUUUCUUCAGCAAAUCCAUCCAUUUCAUCGGCAAUUAGCACACGUGUGGCCAGACGGUGGAUCUGCGCAUCCGUCAACCGUACCAGGGAGGACAGAGAAGGAUUCCUUGGGGUGCGCGGCCCCUCACCGUGGCUCAGACAGUAGGAAAACUUAACCCGGUUUUCCCUGACCUGUUUUCCCUCGUGUGAGAAAGAUAUCCGUACGGAUAUUGUAUCCACUGCCAAACAUCCCGAUUACCCAUUGUCCCUCGCCAUCGCGCCGCCGGAUGGGACUCCCGUGACCAGAUUCGACGCGUCCAGCGCUCGCUCGAAUCAUGGGCCAGAAACAGGAAGACGACGAUCUGCUAAACGGUGAUAGCAGACGGCACAGCGAGCCCAGCAUCAAGCGUCGCCGCAUCACAAAGGCCUGCGAUUUCUGCCAUCGUCGAGGGCGGAAAUGCAAGCCCGUGCCCGACGGAGGCGGGGUCGCCUCCGUCGCCAGUCCUGGCGGCACGCCAAGUUGUCUGACCUGCAUCGAACACGGCGCGACCUGCACAUGGAACCGUGUUGCAGCCAAGCGAGGUGUCAAAUCAAAGACGUCGCCGUCGUCUUCAGUGAAUAAUAAUAACAAGUCUCAAUCCUUUGACGAUGCCGAUGGCGACAGGUGGUUCUACGACGAGAGCCGCCACGGGAGCAGGGCCCUCAUCUAUCGGCUCAUCGUCAUCUUUUUCGACACUGUAUACCCAGUAUUUCCAUUUUUCGACGAAGUGUCCUUACACAAGGAAUGGGAGGCAACCAGUCUGUCGUCCAGCAGGGCUUCUUUCGCCCGGCUGAUGGCCAUUUGCGCAUUGAGUUCGUGUCACGUCAGAGAUGGCGCCUUGUUCAACCCGGAUACGCCCACUCCUCUUCUCCCUGAGCAUCACGAGGCCUACAUGCAGGAUGCAGAAAGGGCGAUUCCGGAGAGAAAUCGCGACAUCCGCAGUUCCGAAGCCUUUGAGUAUUUACAGGUUCUUGGCACUUUAUCCCUGGCUGCCACACAGCUCAAGGACGACCCUCUCUUCCAUGAGUGUAUGGGCCGUUAUCACACAUUAGUAGCUCAGCACACCUUCCAUUUUGAAGCGCGCUGGCCCUCGAAUCUUACAUAUCCGGAAAAGCAUGUAAGGCGGCAGUUCUUCUGGUCAAUGUACCGUCUGGAAGUCCAUGCAGCCCUGAUCGACGGCCAUGUGGUUCGGUGCCCCGAACUACAAUGCGCUGUUGCAUAUCCGCAGCAGGUCGACGGCCUAGCCGGAAUUAUAGACGCAUCAGGGCAGACCGAGAAGACCCGAUUCAGCCACGGCAGCUGGCUCACCGGCUGGAACUACAUCACCGAUCUGUAUCGCGUUCUGGAACACGUCAUUGUCCGAAUGCGCAAAGAUCGACUAAAGACGCUCGACAGAGGUCCAAUCCAACACGAACCACUUAUGCCAAACAUCGACGACAUGUUGCAACUAGUUCUCGGAAAGAAGAGCAAUCUUCCUCUAUAUGCCACCAGCGCUUAUCCGGCGUCCAAAGACGUGGAGGCAAACCUAUGUGGAUUUCAAGUGGCCAAUAUCGCUUGUACCUUUCAGCUACUCCGGAUGGCGGCAUUCGCAUGCCACAACAAAUUCGAAGAUGCUUGUGGUGCUGCGCUUGAACUAAUACAAGAGAUUACUCUAGUGCCGGUGGAGUACUUGCGGGCAAUCGGAUAUCCCAUGCUGCAAGAGUUGGCAGGAGUCGCCCACCUGCUUAGCAGCUUCAUUGCCCGCCAGUUGGUUGACUGGCAGUACUACAAACUUCGCGAAGUCAUGACUUCCAUGGCCACAUUUCUUCAGAGCCUCGCCCCGUCUCUUCCUUCAGCAAGCCAAGCAGGCGCACGAAUCUUUCAGUAUAUUCACAAGCUAGAAGAGAUACUUCUUCGACAGAGCCAGGCAAUACCAACAGUGACAUCAGUACCGGCAGUAUCUGUAGCGCCGGUCAUGCACCAUCAGCCCGAGAUAACGAAUGACCCACGGGUCAUGGACCUGAUGGCCCAGCCGCCACCACAGCAGCAGCACCCAGGGUUUCUUGAGCAAUAUGCGUUACCAAAUACUUCAUUUUACAAUUUUCAAGCAGAUUUCAUCGGGAACAUGUGGAACAAUGCCUUCAACGACGGGGCGGAGAUCGAUUGGGCCGGCGCAAUUGAGAGCUGGGGGACGACUUGAUUUUGCGUUGCUUCCUGCCAGAUCUAUCACCAUAUGAAUAUAUCAACAUCAUUUAUAGUGGCUACCAGCCCUUGAUCUUACACAUUGGGCCUUGCCUACGUCACGAUAUCUGCUGCCUGUCCCUCAUCAAUUCCAUCCUGCUUACCGCAGUCUUAGUCUUGGUAUGGUCGAGGAGAGAAGGCACUGGUUUGGUUAAAGCCGUUUCCUCAACCCGCCGCGACAAGAUGGUCAUCCCUGAACGAACACCAUCAAUCGUCUUGAUCGAAGGUGGAAGAGUCGAGAGUAUAUCGUCUUCCAAUGCCGCCAUACCCGCACAGCCGAGGAUAAUGCUCUCGGCGCCGUUAUUAAUCAAAGGCUUCGAAGAUGUAGCAAUGCGAUUGAUCACGACAUCCCGAUCCAAGCUCUCCAGCUCCAGCGGGCUCAAGCCAGUCGCUGCGACGCCAGUUGAAUACGUCCCGAAGCCGAGGUCGUCAAUAGAGUCUUUCAACGGCUGUUCCCAUGAGGUCGAUGUCGUAAUGAUGCCAAACUUGCCUCCACUUGCUGUGGCUUCCUGUAACGCGGCUUGGAAUAUUCCUGUGACGGGAACCUCGUCACCGUAGCGCUCCCCCAGUGCGUACACCAGCGGGUGGUCUGAGAAGCAGC